UUGUGACGUCACGGCGGGGCGGGGCCCGGGCUCGGCGGGGCAGACUGACGGACGCGGGCCGGACGGGCGGAGCCCACGCGGCCGGCUCCGGCGGCGGCGGCGGCGGCCAUGUGGGGGUGACAGCGCGCGCCCCGCGAGCCCGUGGGGACCCAGCCCGGCGGCCGGCGGCGCAGGUGCGGGCGAUGGACGUCCCGGGCUCGGACUGGCUCCUGGUGCCGCUGCAGCAGCUGGUCUCCUGGGCGGCGGCGGGGGCCAUGGUCUUCGGCGGGGUGGUGCCCUACAUCCCGCAGUACCGGGACAUCCGGAGGACCCAGAACGCCGAGGGCUUCUCCACCUACGUGUGCCUGGUGCUCCUGGUGGCCAACAUCCUCCGGAUCCUCUUCUGGUUUGGAAGGCACUUUGAGUCCCCGCUGCUGUGGCAGAGCAUCGUCAUGAUCGUCACCAUGCUGCUGAUGCUGAAGCUGUGCACCGAGGUCCGCGUGAGCAACGAGCUCAACGUCAAGCGCCGCUUCUUCGCAGCCGCAGAGAGUAAGGACGAGGAAGCCCGAGCCCCCCCCAGGCGGGCGUAUCUGGACUUUGACCCUCACCACUUCUGGCACUGGAGCAGCUUUGCCGACUACCUGCAGUGCGUGCUGGCCUUCGCGGGCGUCGCCGGCUACGUCACGUACCUGUCCAUCGACUCGGCGCUCUUCGUGGAGACCCUGGGCUUCCUGGCCGUGCUGACGGAGGCCAUGCUGGGCGUGCCGCAGCUGUACCGCAACCACCGCCACCGGUCCACGGAGGGCAUGAGCAUCAAGAUGGUGCUCAUGUGGACGAGCGGCGACACCUUCAAGACGGCGUACUUCCUGCUGAACGGCGCCCCGCUGCAGUUCUCCGUGUGCGGCCUGCUGCAGGUGCUGGUGGACCUGGCCAUCCUCGCGCAGGCCUACGCCUUCGCCCGCCGCCCCUCCAAGCCCAGCCCCCACACGGUGCACCCCACCAGCGCCAAGGCCCUCUGAGGGGCCGGGAGAACGAGGAUGUGUGGCCGCUGGCCGCAGGCACCGGCUGGUCACCUGUCCUCCCGCGUGGGCUCCUGGGCCGGUGGGCGGGCAGGGCCCCGGGCGCCGUGGCCGGGCUGACUCGCUGGAGGGCAGGCGUCGCCCCCGCCGGGGACGGCAGUGGUUUCCAGGCGCUGGGAAAGCAGGCUGCACACCCACUUGCUCUCAGAGCACUGGGGGACCCGGGGAGAGGCCCACAGACCCGGACACAGCGGAGCAGGCGGCCGCAGCCGGCCGCGACCUGAAGCCCCGGCCCGGCCCGAGGCACAGAGCGGAGACGGCACAGGGAGAGCUCAGGCCCCAGCCCGUGGGCAGAGUCCGCGGUCAGACACGCUGCGGGACAGUGUGUGGGGAGGGGCGGGGUGAGCCCAGCAGAGAGCGCAAGGCCCAGGCGCUGUGGCCACGAGGAAGGGGGGCCGCAGCGAAGCACGGGACGUGUGUCCCAGCCCCGCUGGCCGGGUGGCCUUGCCUGGGCCACCUGGAGCACUGCCGCCUCACCCUCACGGGGCUUGGGGACCAGCCCUUGCCCUCCGUUCGGCUCGGCUCGGCCCUGGAGGCCUCGCUGCUGCACUGGCCUCCCCCCACGGGGGGCGAGGGAGCCGCCCGCGUCUGUGCCAGCCGGGCGCUGGCCGGAGCACGCUCAGGGGCGUUUGACCCGGAGCCCGGGCGCUCCGCAAGCCCUCGAGGGCGUGGCGGGUGCUGGCGGCGGCAGGAGUGGCGCUCCCCCCUUUCCCGGGAAGGGCGAAGAGGAUCUCAGCGCACGGCCUGUGACGCCCGUCUGCCAGGACAGGGACGCACCUCGGGGCUCCGCUCCCCACACUCUGAGCUCCGGGGCCUGAAGUGACCUCCCGGGGCAGUGGGGUGGCCUGGCACGGGCGCUCCUGCCCACCCUCUCCCGUCCGCACGGCUCUCUGUGCGGGCUGCAGGUGGCGGUGGUGAGGCCGCUGCUCCGACGGUCGUCACCCACGGCUGUCCGCCUUCCACCGUCCACGGGCGCCUCCGCCGGGCCAGCCCUGCGCCGGCUCCCAGGCCCCCAGAGGCCACGAGUUCCAGAGGCUCCUGUGUGGCUCCCACAGGCAGCACUUCCCCUUCUGCUGGGCAGAGGGCCCCUCUGUGCCUUGCCAGCCCGAGGCCGCGGCGCUCGAGGCGUCUGCGCUGGCCGGUGAGAAGCUGUGUCCUCCGCCUGAGUUUUCCUCAAAAGCUCCGAAUGUUGGAGUGAGACUCCUGCUUAGUCCUUUGGCUUGUAAGAUGCUUUGAAAAUGUUUAUUUAAAAAAUAAUGAAGGGAGAUGUCUGUAGCAGUAAUUGCCUCCAAAUUAAAAUGUCGCUGAUUACGGUGGUGA